AUGUCCUCGAAAGUGUUCACCUCUCUCAUGGCCGAGAGCGUGCUGCUCACGAAAACGGCUCAAGUGAUUUCGGGUUACUCGCCAUUGACCAUAUUCCUGCUGGCCGCCAUCAGCAUUUUUCUAGUGGUCUAUAAUAAGAGACGUGCGCGUUUGGUAAAGCUCAUUGAAAAAAUUCCUGGCCCUGCUGCCAUGCCCUUCCUGGGCAAUGCCAUCGAAAUGAAUGUGGAUCAUGAUGAGCUAUUCAAUCGGGUUAUAGGCAUGCAGAAGCUCUGGGGCACGCGUAUUGGCAUUAAUCGCGUCUGGCAGGGCACAGCGCCCCGAGUACUGCUCUUUGAGCCCGAGACCGUCGAGCCCAUACUGAACAGCCAGAAGUUCGUGAACAAAAGCCACGAUUAUGACUAUCUGCAUCCUUGGCUCGGAACUGGGCUCCUAACCAGUACCGACCGCAAAUGGCACUCCCGCAGAAAGAUCUUGACACCAGCAUUCCAUUUCAAAAUCUUGGACGAUUUCAUUGAUGUCUUCAACGAGCAGAGCGCCGUCUUGGCCCGCAAAUUAGCCGUCGAGCUGGGCAGCGAGGCGUUCAAUUUAUUCCCCUACGUAACACUCUGCACCUUGGACAUUGUUUGUGAAACCGCCAUGGGUCGACGCAUCUAUGCCCAAAGCAAUAGCGAGUCGGAGUACGUGAAGGCAGUUUAUGGCAUUGGUUCGAUUGUGCAGAGCCGUCAGGCAAAGAUUUGGCUGCAAAGCGAUCUGAUCUUCCGCCUUACUGAGGACUACAAGCUGCAUCAGAGCUACAUUAAUACUCUCCAUGGCUUCUCCAAUAUGGUCAUACGUGAGCGCAAGAACGAGUUGGCGAUAUCCAACAACAACAACAAUAAUAAUAAUGAGCCCGAUGCUUAUGAUGAUUUUGGCAAGAAGAAGCGUUUGGCCUUCCUCGAUCUGCUGAUUGAUGCCUCCAAGGAGGGCACAGUGCUGUCCAACGAGGACAUACGCGAAGAGGUGGACACAUUCAUGUUUGAGGGCCAUGACACCACUUCGGCCGCCAUUUCUUGGACGCUGUUCUUGCUUGGCUCCCAUCCAGAGUAUCAAGAACGCGUCGUUGAAGAGCUGGAGUCCAUUUUUGGGGACGACCGCGAUACACCAGCUACCAUGAAGAAUUUGCUGGAUAUGCGCUACUUGGAGUGCUGCAUUAAGGAUGCCCUCAGACUGUUCCCCAGUGUGCCCAUGAUGGCGCGCAUGGUCGGCGAGGACGUCGAUAUUGGUGGCAAAAUAGUGCCCGCUGGCACUCAGGCCAUCAUCAUGACCUACGCUCUGCAUCGCAAUCCGCGCAUCUUCCCCAAGCCCGAGCAAUUCAAUCCCGACAAUUUCUUGCCCGAAAACUGCGCUGGUCGCCAUCCCUUCGCCUACAUACCCUUCAGUGCCGGGCCGCGCAACUGCAUUGGGCAGAAGUUUGCCAUUCUGGAGGAGAAGGCCGUCAUUUCGACCGUGUUGCGUAAAUACAAAAUUGAAGCUGUGGAUCGGCGCGAGGACUUGACUUUGCUGGGCGAGCUGAUUCUACGCCCCAAGGAUGGCCUGAGGGUGAAAAUAACGCCACGUGUUUGAGACAAUAGGGCAGACGAAAUGCAGCAUGGCAUUAGUUUUGGCCGAAACGUAAUGGUAUAUACGCUACCAUCAUUUGAUCCAAAGUAUUUAAAUUGUAAAUAUAAUAUAAGUAGGGUAUGUUCUACUCUUAAUUUUAAUCGUGUG